AUGAGAGUAAGUGAGCCUAUCGCGCGAGAGACAGCGGCCGUCGAUGCCCAACCUGUUGGAGCUGCCCUCUCCGCGAGUCCGCUCUCGUCCAGUCUGAACCAGUGGAUGCGGGAGGCAAGGAGCGAGAACCGCCAGGGCCGUCAUGUUGUUCGCAAGGGUCCUUUGGGGUGUACCAUGUGCUCACCACUGAAAGGACUCAUCUCACCUCUUGACUUUGUAUCUUUCCUUCCGUUUUUGGUCAUCACCAUGGCUUCGCCCAUCAAGGUACGAAGAUCCCCGUCCACCCAGACCCGGCGCAUCGAGGUCACGACCCAAAAGGCCCAGAACUCUGAAUCUCUUGUCAUCCUGCUCACCUCUGACCUCAUUCGCCGGUCGGACGCCGUCGUUCCCCCCAGCGGUCCUACACUGACAGACGCAUACCCGGCCACACUUCCCAACUUGCCCCCCCCCCCCCCCAAAAUGGCCCCAGUCAGUGAGCCACUGGGCCGAGAGAGCGCACAGAGAAUCCAGUCGGAGCACAUCGGCUGGACGUGGGGUUGGGUUUCGCUUCUGAGCAAUCGUCCACCUUUGAACUUCCAUUCCGUGACCCUCUCUUCUCUGUACUGGCUAGUAUCUUGCCCUUUUCUGCCCGCCCUGAGCGCGCGCGCCGCGUUCCUAUCAAUCCCCAGACUCUUUGCAAUUCGCAAGCCCCAGGUCUUCUUCUAA